UCAGUCUCAAAGAGGUUGGUGACCCCUGACUUAUAGUAACUGGUGGGGUGGCCCCGGGGGUGGCCAUGUGUCGGCCUCCACUGGUCAGGAGGGUUAAGAAAAGGCUGCCAGCUGGAAAACACAAGACGCAGACCCUCCUAAGAAACUGUAGAAAGAAUUAAGUGGCAUCAGGACAGGAACUGGGUUCUUUUUUACUUCAAAAUAAAAGUCCCAGGAGUUUUAGCGAAGCAGGAACACGGAAUUGUGACAGCAUCUUUUACUUAGACAUCACACGACGGAAGUCUGUGUCUUGCUCCCGCUGUGCUGCAGAAAUCACCUCUACGGUGAUCCUCUCACUCAGGCAGAAGAGGAUUUUCGUCACUGGAUGCUUGACAGAACAGGAGAGUUUGGAGAAUUUCUCUGCGAGGACAGCCUCAGACCGUCAGACUUGUGAAGAUGAAGAGUCCUCUGUGCUGGGCUGUGCUGACUGCCAUGAUGAUUGUCCUGGUGAUGGAGCAAGGGUUUCUUGUCCGCAGCCAAGGAGACUAUCAGUCCAACAAUAAAGUCAUGGACAAUAUUACUGUUCGACAGGGUGAAGCUGUCUUUCUCAGGUGUGAACAGGGAAAUGCUGUUACACGCACAGCAUGGCUAAACCGGUCUAGUAUUCUCUAUGCUGGGGAAGACAAGUGGUCAGUGGAUCCUAGAGUUAGUCUGGUGACUCUUAACCAAGAAGAGUUCACAAUCAAGAUUGACAAUGUGGACAUGACAGAUGAAGGGCAGUACGUGUGUGCGGUCCAGACAAGCAGUCGGCCAAGAACAACCUCAGUGCACAUCCUUGUUCAAGUACCACCAAAGAUCAUCAACCUGUCAGGAGAUAUCGUGGUUAAUGAAGGUUCAAAUGUAACUCUUAUGUGCCAAGCCAGUGGCAAACCAGAGCCUUCCAUCAGCUGGAAGUUCCUCUCCACCUCAGUUGACCUGGUGUCGGAUGAUGAGUUUCUUGAAAUCCCGUCCAUUUCCAGACAGAGAGCUGGGACCUAUGAAUGCACAGCGGUCAACAACAUUGACACAGAUCUGCAAACUUUGGACAUCAUUGUAAACUAUGCUCCAGCUGUGACAGAGGGCAGGGAUGUUGGAGUGGCUCCUGGCCAGUAUGGAGUUCUGGAGUGUGAAGCAGAUGCAGUGCCCGAGGCAGACUUUGAGUGGUACAAAAAUGACAGACGGAUCUUUACUGGACUGGAUGACUUAAAUAUUAUCAAUACUGGAUCCCUGUCACAGCUGACAUUUUUUAAUGUCUCUGAAGGUGAUUAUGGGAACUACACCUGUGUCGCCAUCAACAAAAUUGGAAAUUCAAACACAACUUUUUUUCUGUAUGUUCAAGAUGGAAAUGGCAUAUCAGUGGGACUGCACUUUCACAGCUGGGUCCUCUUUAUAGUGUUUAUCCCCUUCUUACUCCGGAUUUGAGGACAUUUGGAUUUGCCACAAGUUCUUUUGAAAAUGUGUUUUAAUGCAUAGGCAUAACUUUAAACUUAAACUAUCAUAAGGUAUUCCCCAGACUGCUGAUGUUGACUUACUGAAUGUUAAAAUAUGUUGUAACUUAUACCUAGGUGGGUUUUAUUCAGUUUGUUUCUCUCAUUUCCCAGGUUUCCCUGAAGAUUGAAAUGCUUUAUUUUUCUUGUGUAUUUUAUAAUAGGAUGUAUUAUCCUAAGCAUUUUUAAAAAGGAUACAUUUGAUCUUUCAUGUGAAUAAAACAGAUUUUUAUCUAUCCUUCAUACUACCCCGAAUUUACACUGGUCCGUCUGUGGUGCAUCUCCCUUGCUUUGCGUGAGGAGUCACUGUCACGACUGUCAGUUUACAGUAGCCACGGUUACAUGGGCACAAUACCUUCAUCGGAUCAAUGGUCGGAUUAAAAUUCAACCGUGCACAUGGGAUCAGAAAAACUUUUUCCGAUUAGAACAAACAUUCACAUGGUCUCACUUUCGGUCGGAAUAAAUCAUUUGGGCAUGCGCAGUAGUGUUAAAAAUACCGGAAGAGGAAAUGAGUCCCACAGUAAACAAACCUAGCUACCGUAUACAUUUAUGCAGCAGCUCAGUAAUAUACGAGACGAUCUUCCAAACAUGCUUUUAUUAAUGUUAUGAAUAUUAUG